AUGGAGACUUGUCAAACAUCACAACCACUGACUCAAACCUCAAUCGUUCUCCCAGAAAAGUGUGUUCUGUUUCAAAGCGACGGGUCCGGUGGGGUGUAUUUUCAUGAUAAAGAAUUCAACGACAUCUUUCAAUUUCUUCCCAACCACCAAAACCCUCUCAAACUUAAACACCAAUUUGACAACGCAAUUUUGUUUGCUAUUACCUCAAAAGCACAGGCGUUUGUGUCGCCAAAAAAUAAGAAUUGGAUUCAAGUCAAGUCAGAAACAAAAGGUUCUUCUGUUGUUAUAAAAACUAAUGACGACCCAGUACUCAUUCACUUCCUCUCGGACAAAAAUUUGUUGGUUGUUGGGUCGUGUUCCGUUUCUAUAUAUUCGACUGUUACACAACAGAAAAUAGAUACCCUGCAGACUCAACGACCAUGGAAAUGUGUACAUUAUAAAAACAUAGUGGUAAUGUUGUUAAUAGAGAAAAAUGCGUUACAGGGAAAUAUAGUAAGAUGCUCGGAAACUGUUUCGCAGUUCGCGCAAAUUGAAAUUCCACACCCAGAAAACACGCCCAUAUUCCCAAAUGUGUCGAUAAUCACCAUUUUCGAUGUGCCGUACCUCUCUGUCGACUUUUCCAAUGCCAAAGUCUUCCUCUUCGAUCUUUCCAACCCAACGAGUCUUGCAAAAGUGUAUGAAGCGCCUGUAGGGGACGUUCGCGUGUUGUGUGUAAACAAUGUUCUUGUCAUCGCAAACAAAGAAGUUUCUUAUUGUUACUCUCUGUACUCGAAUUACCGAAUAAACAGUCUGGCAAAUGAAAAAAGUGUCUCAAACACACCCACCCCAGUGAUGGCAAUCAAUUUUAACAUUGAAAAGCCAAACUCAAUACUCAGGUUUGGGAUCAACAUCACACCAACACUUUUUGUGACCAACAACAUCUGUGUCGACCCUUUCUUGAAGAAGUUUGAGACACUCAAAUUUGACUUUAAACUACUCGAACAAAUGCUACAGUUUUAUGAUGACGAAUUGGUUAGCGCUACUGCCAAAAAGUUCACACUGUUUUAUAGAAACUACGAAGACGCCAUUUGUGAAGAUGUUUUGGUUACAUGUGGUGCGGCGAAGUGUCCAUUAUGGGACGUUGGAAUCAUGUUGAGUGAGGUUGUGUGUAAUCCUCACACCACCUUUCCGCUCAUUCGUGCAAUCCGGGCGCUGACCCGAAAUGCAAAUGACCCAAGUUAUACCGUGUGUGUAUACAUUGAGUCUGCGCGCGCAGCUGCGCAGUCCGACGAGGGGUCUUUGGACAAAUUGGUUCAGUCUGAUUUAGCCAAAGAGUUAAAUAAAUUGGAGAGGUAUGAUGUUCUGAGGGAUUUCCUUCGUCACCACAUCAUUACAGACAACACACAAGUGGCUUUCACACUUACAAAUUCGACAAAUGAGACAAUUCAAGGGUAUGGCUAUGAUAUGCUGAAACGACUUGGAGACUUCAAAGCGCUUAUUGAUUGUUUGCUGUGCAAAGGCAAAAUCGUUGAUGCACUAAGACUAGCAAAACAAAAGAAUAUUACAAUUGACAAAGAAGUUAUAUGGCAAGCCUUAGCUUGUUUCAAGUCGGACCCUAUUCAGUACCAACUCCAGUGGUUCUUUUUAGACAACAAGUGA